GACAAGCUACGCAUGCGCAAACAGCUCCCAUCGGUGAGAGUGGAUACGACGGCAAAUUGGGCCUGGUCGCCGAGGAGCGUGACUUGGAGGCCCGCGGAAGCGCCGUCGGUUCAGCCCAGCUCCGCCAUGGCUCGGGAUGUGAAGAGCAAGCUGUCCAAGAACGUGCUGCGCAUGAAGUUCAUGCAAAGGGGCUUGGAUUCGGAAACGAAAAAGCAGCUGGAAGAGGAAGAGAAGAAAAUCAUCAGCGAGGAACAUUGGUUCCUGGAUUUGCCAGAACUGAAGGAAAAGGAGAGCUUCAUCAUAGAAGAAAGAAGCUUUAGGCCGUGUGAAGACUUUCUUUAUGGCCGGAUGUCAUUUAAAGGAUUCAACCCUGAAGUCGAGAAGUUAAUGAUCCAGAUGAACUCAAGGUACAAGGCAGAAGAAACUGAAGAGGAAGAUAACGCCAUGGAGGCUGAUGUAUCGGAUGAAGAGAUGGCCAGAAGGUAUGAAACCUUGGUCGGAACGAUUGGGAAGAAAUUCUUGAAGAAGAGAGACCGGCGUGCACUGCAAGACCCGGAGGCCGAUCAAACCAGUAACGGGAAGGCUAGCAAAGUGCAGAAGAUGUUUCUAAAGCCCCAGGAUUAAAUGUCAUAUGCACCCUUGAGGCUGGGGGAAUGUAUUUUGUACCGUGGUAAUACAAGCUAUUUUUGUAAGUGGCUGGGUCUCUUUGUGUCUCUGAGGCAAAGGCCUUUUUUGAGUAGCUGUGCAUAUAAUGGAUGUUCUACAUCCUCUGCUCUCUGUACAAGUUUUUAGGGCGGGAUUGUGUGGGCAUUACUUGGGCCAGACGCUGCAGGAAAAUGGCUGCAGGUAACUGAGAGCAGAUUUGGGUUAUGAGUCUUGAGCAGAUCUACAAAGAAUGUGGGAUAUGGAUUAUGAUCCCUGCCUUGAAGUAUUUCAAGGGCAAGUGAGGUAUGGCCCCUUCUUAAGACAAAGCUGCCGGUGUGUGUUUGUUUUUUAAAUAUUAUUAUUAUUUAAUUUCUAUACCACAAAAUAUGACUUGCAUUUUAAAGAUACGGGGACAGGGGAGUUAGGAAAGUACUUUGAGAGAGAGAGAGAGAACAUGCUAGUUUCUUGACUUACGUCCUUGGAAAAUAUUUUGUUGUAAUGGACACACAGAGAUUUCCUUGGCAAUGGAGCAUUUUAGAGUUACAAAGAGUAUAUGGCUAAGAUUUUUGUUAAUGACAACUGUGACUCUAAACAGAGAGAGAGAGAGAGAAGGGCAGACCACUGAUGAGAAACACCUGCAUUACUGUAUCGUCUGAGCCCCGCAAGGGGGCAACUAGAUGUCAAAAGGGCUCGGUGGUAUGCCUCUGCUGUGUACCAGUUGCAGGGGAGCAACAGCCUCACUGGCUCCUCCUGGUGGGCCACUGUGGACUAGAUGGGCCUUGGGCCUGAUCCAGCAGGACUCUUCUUACAUUCGUAUGGCUGUAGUUCGAACGCAGUUGCACAUCAUGUUGGCUAUCAGCCUUGGCAGUCAGGUUUUCCUAAGUUGGAAUCAGUUUUCAAGGUCACAUUAAACAUUAUAGCUAGCAAGCAUGUGCUGUCUGGUGUGUGUGUGUGUGUGUGUGUGUGUGUGUGUGUGAGAGAGAGAGAGAGAGAGAGAGAGAGAGAGAGAGAGAGAGAGCUGGUCUUGUGGGUAGCAAGCAUGACUUGUCCUCUUUGCAGGGUCCGCCCUGGUUACAUAUGAAUGGGAGACUACAUGAGCAAGCCCUGUAAGAUACUCCCCUUAGGGGAUGGGGCCGCUCUGGGAAGAGCACCUGCCUGCUUGCUUGCAGAAGGUUCCAAGUUCCCUCCCUGGCAGCAUCUCCAAGAUAGGGCUGAGAGAUAUUCCUGCCUGCCACCUUGGAGAAGCCGCUGCCAGUCUGUGAAGACAAUACUGAGCUAGACGGACCAAGGGUCUGACUCAGGAUAUGGAAGCUUCCUAUGUCUGUUUUUCCUAACCCCCACCCCAAGCCAUCUUGGUGUUUUUGCUGGAAGACCGAUUCUGAAGAGAGCUGGACAGCUGGAGGGACAGGGGCAGCUUUUUCACAUUUUUAAUGAUUACUAUUUGUGGACAGCUCAUUGAUGUGAGGCAGAAAACUCAAUUAUACGGAAUGUAAGAAACUGAACGUCCACCACCGUUUGUGUGGGUGACAUAUGGAUGGAAAUCUUCCUCUCAAAAACCCCUCAUUAGCUAUUCAAGAUGGAUCAUGCAUGGAGAAAUGAAGACUCUUUUUUUUCCAACCCAAGGAGGGGGUCUUAUUACUGUCAGAGAAAUCUGAUGCAUUAUCUCUUUUUAGCUUUUCAGAGCUAAUUAAAUGCUGCCGGGUCAAUUACUCAAAACCUGACCACAGAGCAUUGCCAGUCAUGAGCCCAAGUUAAUGAUUGUGGGGCCAUUUUUCUUUCUCUGGAAAACCGUGUCUUUGGCUAAAAAAUGAUUUAUUGGGGGCCGUUUCGCUGGAAAAACUCUGAACAUGGCCUCCCCCCGCACACACACACUUUGUCUUCCUUGCUCAUUACUAAGGAAAUUAUCUUUCUUGUACGACUCAAGACCUUCCAUUGAGGGAAAGUUACAAAAAGCCUCUUUUUCUUGAUCAGAAAGCCCAGAGUAGCAAACGUAUCUCUCAGCACAGGGUGCAUCCAGAUGACAGGGUUUCCAAAAUGCAUAAAAAGCCUUUGAGGUUGAUGUUUUUCUCCUAUUGAAAAUGUCUUUUUAUAAUUGAGUCAAGAGUGUCUAUGUAGACCUGUCACUAGAUUGCAAAAUCCAUCAACCUCUCGCGCAAGAACUGGUCUUGUGGUAGUAAGUGUGAAUUGUCCCCUUUGCUAAGCAGGCUCCACCCUGAUUGCAUUUGAAUGGGAGACAGCAUGCAUGAGCACUGUAAGAUAUUCCCUUAGGGGAUGGAGCUGCUCUGGGAAGAGCAACUGCAGGCUUGCAUGCAGAAGGUUCCAAGUCCCCUCCCUGGCAUCUCCAAGACAGAGCUGAGAGAGAUUCCUGCCUGCAACCUUGGAGAAGCCGCUGCCAGUCUGUGUAGACAAUACUGAGCUAGAUGGACCAAUCGUCUAACUCAGUAUAUGGCAGCUUCCUAUGUUCCUAUGUCCACCUUCAAAAGUCACUCCAUUCAGACAAUGUUUUAAUUGUGUUUUUAAUAGUUUUAAUGUUUUAAAUAGUUGUAAUGUUUUAAUCUUUUUAUCUGUUGUUUUUAUUGUUCUGUUGUAAACCACCCAGAAACUUGAGUUUUGGGCAGUAUACAAAUGUGGUAAACAAACAAACAAAUAAAUAAAUAAAUAAGCAGAAUGAGGGAACAGUGGAAGCUGAUUAGCGGUAGAUUCAGGGCAGACCAGAUGAAGCACUCCUUCACGUAACACAAUUAAAAAUUAUGGAAUGUGUUGCCAUGAGACAGAAGUCCUAUGUACACAUUAGGCCUGUUCACACAACCAUAUGAGGGUUUUUUGGCAGGGAGGAAGAUCCCCUAUCCGUUGCAGAGUAGAGCCUCCGUUUGACUUUACAAACCCUGAACCCAGGAGACUCAGGCAUCCGUGUCUUCCUUGCAGAAACGAGGAGCUGGGUCUGCCAAGGAUAAAAAAAAGUGUCCAUAAUGCAUUGCCGCACCAGUUCACUGGGAACCCUCACAUCUGGAAUGCUCUCCCAGUAAAGGUCCGCUCUGUAGCUGCUUUUUAAAAAACAACAAAAGAACUUUUUCAUUUCUUCAGGCUCUUACCCCUUGGGGGCUGCCAGGUCUCUCAGCUUUCCUGCUUCUGUUUUAUGGUGGUUGUUGGGUGUUUUAUGGUUUUUACUGUUUAACUGAUUUUAAGGUUUUAAAUGUGAUUUUUAUGGCAUCUUCGUGUAUUUUGAUUUUUGUAAACCGCCUUGGGGUGCCUUAUGAAAGACAGUAUACAAACUGAACAAUAAACAAAUAAAUCUCA